CACGCUUUUCUGCAAAAAAUUAAUUUUAAGUGCAGAAAUAGGCGGAAAUACUGGAAAAAUAUUGCAUUAGCGAGUACAGCAAAAUUUCGGCAACGCGUCAAUACAAUUUUCACGCACGGAUGGAUGUCUGUGAUGUGGAUAUUUUGUGAUUAAAAAUUUUCCCCAUCUGAGAUGUCUCAAACAUGAAUGAAGGUAAUUCAGCAGGAGGGGGGCAUGAAGGGCUAAGCCCGGCCCCUCCUGCUGUGUCAGACCGUGUAACGUUACUAUCAACGGAAAAAUCAGUUACAACGCCAAAAUCAACAACAACAAUAACAGCAGCCACAGAUCACAACAAUAAAUCAGCAACAACAACAGCCAACACGCAACAGCAGCAGCAGAAAACCAACAAACACCAACAGCAGCAGCUGCCCAGUGCGCAGCUGCCUGUGCCGCUGUCGAACUUGUCGACAGAGGCAACGGCAGCGGCAGCAACGCCAGCAGCUGCUUCCACCACAUCAUCAUCAUCAUCCAAUCCAUCAAUAAAAGCAGAAGCUGGGUCCACGAGGCCGCCACAGGCCAAGCGCCCGCGUCUAGAAAACAACACGGAAACUGAAGGUGAAGGAGACGACGACGCCAGCGAAAACCACAAUAGCAGCAUAGUUGGUGCAGUUGGUAGCAGCAAUAUUGUUGGCUCAUUGCUGCCGGCGUCAGUUGUGGCCAGCAGCGAGAUUGGUGACGCCGAUUUAACGGCACUGCAAGACUUGAAUGCGCUCAGGAAGCGCAUACUACAACAGAAAUUGCAAAUUUUGCGUAAUCUUAAGGAAAGACAUCUUGAAAAUGUGUCCGAAUACUUUUAUUUACAAAACGGUGGCAGUAUGAUGGACUACCCCGCGUGGCGUAAAAAGACACCAACACCACAAUUCAUCAGCUAUAGCAAUGCGAAUCGUAUCGAGCAGCUGACACUCGAGGAAAAGCCAAGCACAUCAGCAGCAGCAGCAGCUGUGGGCCAAGCACACAGAACAACAACAACGCAACAGCAGCAGUCAUCAUCAUCGGAUUCAGUAGUUAGUAAUAGCAGCUGCAGUGGCAGCAGCACUGCAACACCAGCAACAACAACUACUACUACAGGGACAACAGGCAUACAGUUAGAAAAUAGCACACAAAAAUCGAAUACGCAAUCUCUGUUGCCAGCCAAGUCUGGCAGCAACGCAGCCUCUGCAACAGCGACUGCAACAACAACAGCAUCAUCAAGUCCCAGCUGUAGUGGAUCUAUAACAACAAUAACAGCAGCAGCGGCGACAGCAAUAUCCACUGGAUCUGGAACAUUGUCCACAACGAGCAGCUUAGUGGAUACAAGUGGUAAUGCAUUGCCACCGGAAGCAGAGAUAAAGAUACCGGCAGUUGGUGCGACGCCAGUUGCCGUCUCCACAAAGUUACCCGCCGCUGUGGUACAGUUGACGCAGCAAGGUCACAUACCCGGUAGACCUCUAGGAGGUCGUCACGGUAUGGUCUUCGGUCAAAUACCCGCGCCUCCUGCCGUAGGAAAUUCUUCUGUACCUUUGGUGCCAGGUGGCACGCCGCUGGUGCCCUGCAAUAGCCCCGUGGGCUCAACGUCGUUGCGUCGCCCAAACUCACAACAGCAGAAUGCUGCGACGAGCGGAGCAACUGCAACUGCAGCUGCUGCGGGUGCGGGUGCAACCACAGCAUCGGUGGCAAGUGGCACUGCAACACCAAUGCCGCUGUACACUGGCGGUGGAAACGGUAUUACUUCGGCUGCGACUGCGAGCGUUGGUGGCCUGACGCCCAGCACGCCUGGCGGCGGCAGCAGUGGAAAUUUAUUGAGUCCACUUGCAAACACUUGCACGCCAAACAGUGCGCAGGAGUUUUCGUUUAAGGCCAAACAGGAGGUGUACGUAAUGCAGCGUAUAUCUGAACUACAGCGAGAGGGAUUAUGGACUGAACGGCGUUUGCCCAAGUUACAGGAGCCCAGUCGCCCCAAGGCGCACUGGGACUAUCUGUUGGACGAGAUGGUCUGGCUGGCAGCUGAUUUUGCACAGGAGCGCAAAUGGAAAAAGAACGCGGCCAAGAAAUGCGCCAAAAUGGUGCAAAAGUAUUUCCAGGACAAGGCCAAUGCGGCGCAGCGUGCCGAGAAAGCUCAAGAGUUGCAUCUAAAACGUGUCGCCUCCUUCAUAGCUCGCGAGGUGAAAAGCUUCUGGUCAAAUGUGGAGAAACUGGUCGAGUAUAAGCAUCAAACCAAAAUCGAGGAGAAACGCAAACAGGCGCUCGAUCAACAUCUCAGCUUUAUAGUCGAUCAGACGGAGAAGUUCUCGCAGCAACUGGCCGAGGGCAUGAACAAGAAUGUGGCCGAAACGCCCAGCUUAGACUCGAGUCGCCUUACAUCACCCAAACGGGAGUCAGAUGAUGAGUUUAAGCCAGAGUCAGGCUCAGAGGAUGACGAGGAGACGAUUGCCAAGGCCGAGGAGGAGGCAGCCGAUGUCAAUGAGGAGGUCAAAGCGUUGGCCAAAGAAUCCGAAAUGGACUUUGAUGAUUUUCUCAAUGAUUUGCCACCUGGCUACUUGGAGAAUCGUGAUAAGCUGAUGCUCGAGGAGCAGAGCUCAACGAAAGGCGCUGAUUCCUCUGUUGGUGGUGACGACAGCGAUGAUAGCGAAUUUCAGGCCAAGGAAGCCAGCGAUGAUGAUGAGAACACCAUCAGUAAACAGGAGGAGGCGGAGCAGGAAAUUGAUCAUCAAAAGGAGAUAGAUGAACUGGAGGCAGACAAUGAUUUGACCGUUGAGCAGCUCCUGGAGAAAUACAAAUCUGGUAAAAUUGAUGAACAACCUAGUGCAAAGAGGCGAAAAAUAGCGGUGGAGACCUCGGAGCUGGACUCGGAUGAUGAUUCAACAGUGGUUGAGGAUUCAACCGAUGACAGCGAUGUGGAAGCCAGCGACGAAGAGGAUGAGGAACUCUCUACCAUCAAGACUGAUACUGACCUGGACGAGGCAGAACAGGAGGGUGGCCUAAAGAGCCUGCUAACCGAUGCCGAUGGUUCCAGCUGUGGAGCUGCGGGCGCUGCUGCUGCAGGCAGCAAAGACAACAAGGACGACAUGUUGAAGGAUGCGGCGGCAUUAGCCGAAAGUCUGCAGCCCAAAGGCAACACGCUGUCCUCAACGAAUGUGGUGACACCUGUGCCCUUCCUGCUGAAGCAUACGCUGCGUGAGUAUCAGCACAUCGGUCUCGAUUGGCUGGUCACGAUGAACGAGCGCAAACUAAACGGCAUCCUUGCCGACGAGAUGGGCCUGGGCAAGACUAUACAAACGAUAGCGUUGCUGGCGCACUUGGCCUGCGCUAAGGGCAACUGGGGUCCACAUUUGAUUGUGGUACCCUCAUCUGUGAUGCUUAACUGGGAGAUGGAAUUCAAGAAAUGGUGCCCCGGCUUCAAGAUCCUCACCUACUAUGGCACACAGAAGGAGCGCAAGCUCAAGCGCGUCGGCUGGACAAAACCAAAUGCGUUUCACGUCUGCAUCACCUCCUACAAGCUGGUUGUUCAGGAUCAGCAAAGUUUUCGUCGAAAAAAAUGGAAAUAUCUCAUCCUAGACGAGGCCCAAAACAUUAAAAACUUCAAGUCACAGCGUUGGCAGCUGCUACUCAACUUUUCCACCGAAAGACGUUUACUAUUAACUGGAACGCCGCUGCAGAACGAUCUGAUGGAGCUCUGGUCGCUGAUGCACUUCCUCAUGCCGUAUGUGUUCUCCUCGCAUCGCGAGUUUAAGGAGUGGUUCUCAAAUCCAAUGACUGGUAUGAUCGAAGGCAACAUGGAGUACAAUGAAACGUUAAUAACGCGCUUACAUAAGGUCAUUCGUCCAUUUUUGCUGCGACGCCUUAAAAAGGAGGUGGAGAAGCAGAUGCCAAAGAAAUACGAGCAUGUUGUCAUGUGCCGCUUGUCCAAUCGUCAGCGUUAUCUGUACGAAGAUUUCAUGAGCCGUUCCAAAACCCGCGAAACAUUGCAAACCGGUAAUUUGCUGAGCGUGAUCAAUGUGCUGAUGCAGUUGCGCAAGGUGUGCAAUCAUCCAAAUAUGUUUGAGGUGCGUCCAACGAUAUCACCGUUUCAAAUGGAGGGAAUUACAUUUCACACGCCGCGACUGGUCAGCAACAUCCUGGAGUAUGAUCCGUUCACGCAAAUUAAUUUGGAGACUGUGAACAUGCUGCUGUUGCAUCUGGAGCAAACGCUGACCGCCUACGUCUCGCAUAAGUCGCGUCUGCUGUCGCCGCCACGCAAAUUGAUCGAGGAGAUCGACAGUGCACCACAACCGCCGCCGCGCUGCCCGAAUGGCAAAUAUCGUUUUCACAUACGCGUGCGGAGCGCUGAGCUGGCGCAGCGGAUUAAGCUGCAGGCGGUGCGUGUGGGCGCCAGUCCGGCCAUGCGGCUGGAAGGCAGCAAAAUUGUGCCCAUGCGCAGCCUGUUGCCCAGUGGCCAUGUACUGAAACGUGUCAGCGGUACCAUCAAUCCCAUUAACAUGGCCCUCAAGCCAGUGAUUAUCAAUAGCCUUAUGACAACGACGGCAGCGACUGGCAGCAACAGCAGUGCAGGUGGUGCAUUAAAUAUGCUGAGCAGCAGCAGCUCCAAGCUGAUGAGCUCACGCUCACCAAUUAGCGCGCCAACGCCAGCCAAGGUGGCCAAGACAAUGCAGGAUGGUAAACCAUUCUUCUAUCUGGCGCCAGCAACAAAUGCCGGUGGCGCUGGAGCGCGACUCACGCUAACCAGCAAAACAGCAGCGGCGGCGGCGGCGAGUACACCUGUAGGAGGAUCCACAAACGUAACGAGUGGGAAUUCAGCACAGCUGCAGCAGUUGAGCAAGGAGCCUAUUGUCAAGGAUCUGGCCACGCAUGUCAAGUUGACGUCACAAAGGCAAACGAAUGGCAAGGGCCAGGAGGAGGAGAGGUCAUCGUCAACGCCCGAGGUAGUCGAGGAUCCGUAUCGAGUGCAGCAGCUCAUUCAAAUGCGCAAGGAGCAGCGUUUGGCAUCGCUCAAAAGGAUGGCUGUCAUCAAUCGCAGACGCACCGAUGCCACGCCCAUUUAUGGCGCCGAUUGCCGACAGACGAUUGAGCGUUGCAUGCAGUCCACGCGCACCCUGAAGCAUUCCACAUGGCAAACGCGUGGCUAUGCGAACUGUUCGAUUGCGAUGCGGCAGCACAACGACAACUGGUCCCUGAAUCUCCUGCUAAAGAACUAUGAGCAGCGCUGCCUCGAACUGGCGCCCAUCUUUGCCAAUUUUGUGAUUUAUGUGCCGUCGGUGUGUGCGCCACGAAUUCGUCGCUAUGUGCAGAACUUAUCGUCGACGCAUUGGCAGAAUGAACGGCAGAUUGAGGAGACGAUUGCGCAGACCGUGUCGCCCAAGCUGACGCUGCUGCAUCCGAUUAUCUCGGCGAUGACGACGCAGUUUCCCGAUCCGCGUCUCAUCCAAUACGAUUGCGGUAAGCUGCAGACAAUGGAUCGUCUAUUGCGACAGCUGAAGGUUGACGGGCAUCGUGUGCUGAUCUUCACCCAAAUGACCAAAAUGCUGGACGUACUGGAGGCAUUCCUCAAUUAUCACGGACACAUUUACCUGCGACUGGAUGGCUCGACGCGUGUCGAGCAGCGACAAAUACUCAUGGAACGUUUCAAUGGGGACAAGCGCAUCUUUUGCUUCAUUCUAUCGACACGGUCUGGCGGCGUGGGCAUCAAUUUGACCGGCGCUGAUACUGUGAUCUUCUAUGACUCGGACUGGAAUCCAACGAUGGACGCGCAGGCGCAGGAUCGGUGCCAUCGCAUUGGGCAAACGCGAGAUGUGCACAUAUAUCGAUUGGUCUCAGAGAAAACCAUUGAGGUGAACAUACUGAAGAAGGCCAACCAGAAGCGGAUGCUCAGUGAUAUGGCCAUCGAGGGUGGCAACUUUACGACCACCUUCUUCAAGAGCUCCACCAUCAAGGAUCUGUUCACUAUGGAUACGGCACAGGCAGAGCAGGACGAUAGUCAAGAUAAGCCGGAUGAUAAGGACAAGAUUAUCGCAGCUGAAGUUGAGCCGGCUAUCGAAGCAGAGAAGCAAUCACUGCGCGCCUUCGAGCACGCACUCGCUGCUGCCGAGGACGAGCAGGAUGUGCAAGCCACAAAAACGGCCAAGGCUGAGGCAGCCGCCGAUCUGGCCGAGUUCGAUGAGAACAUACCCAUUGCGGAUGAUGCCAAUGCAGAUGCAGGUGGUGCGGUGGCCAUUGAGCUCAGCAAAGCCGAUCUGGAAAUGCAAAAUCUUGUCAAGCAGCUCUCGCCCAUUGAGCGAUAUGCGAUGCGCUUUGUGGAGGAGACGGGAGCCGCGUGGACAGCUGAGCAGCUGCGCGCCGCCGAGGCGGAACUGGAGCAGCAGAAACGUGAAUGGGAGGCGAAUCGGUUGGCGGCCAUGCAGAAGGAGGAGCAGCUACUCAAGCAGGAAACGGAGGCGGAAGAGCUGCUCACCUACAGUCGCAAGGAUGCCAGCAAUCAGGUCUGGAUAUCGCGCAAUAGUAUGGAACAAAUGCCGAUGUGGUGCCCGCCAACGCCGCCGCAGGAUAACAAUGAUAUUUACAUUGAUCACUCGCUGUCGUUCAUGUACGAUCUGGAGCCGAUACCCGAAACGGAACUGCCGCCCGUCUAUGUGCGACGUGAGCUCAAGCGAUCCCGCACCGAUGCCGGCUUCGAUGGCAGUCGUCGUCCGAAUAAGAUGCGACGCGAGGAUAACUAUGUGCCGCCACGUUCACUGUUCGAUCGUCCAACGGCGCAGUUGGCGCGGCUGCGGCGCGAGCUGAAGAAUCAACGUUUCCGAGGCAGUUUUAAGCCCAAUUCGAUGAUACCGGGCCUGAAGCCACAGUUGCCGGCCAAGCCGAUGACCGAGCCGGAGGCGAUGAGCGAGUGGUGUGUGUCUGAGGAAAUGGCUAUACUGCAUGUGCUGAUCAAUUUGCAGGGGUUGCCGUGCAGCCUGAUGCUCCUCUCGCCUGGUCAGACGCCCAAUUGGGAUUUGGUCUCGGAGCUGGUCAACUUCUGUUCGAAAACGUAUCGUUCGGCGAGGCAAUGUCGCUGGCGCUACGAGACGCACAUCCAGCCGCGCGAGGAAGGCAAAGUGGUGGAGAGUCCCAAGAAACAAAAGAAACUGAAGCCCACGUUGCGCACGGAGUAUAUGAAGAGUCCGUUGCGCUACUUGCGCACCACCCAGCUCUAUGCCAGCGAUAACAAUGCCUCCUUCUAUAAGGUGAUGCGCAUGCGCUUCGACACCAUCAAGACGGCCUAUUUGAAGAAGGCGCCGCCUCCAAAGCGCCAGUACAAUGCGCCCAGUCUGAUGAAUCCCAAGCAUAUGGAGGUGUUGCAAGAGUUCGGCAUUAACAACUACGAUCAGCCCGUAUCGCCCAUGAAUAUAGCCGUGAUGAAGGCAAACAAAAUGCGUGAAAAGCAGCGCAGCCAGAUGCCACCAAUGCAGCAACAACAGCAGCAGCAACAACACCAACAACAACAACAGCAGCAGCAGCAGCCAGUUCAGCAACAGUCAGUGCAGCAGCAACAGCAGCAGCAGCAACCAGUGCAACAGCAGCAACAGCAACAACAGCAGCAGCAACAACAACAACAAAUGCAGCAACAACAGCAGGUCCAUCAGCAACAGCAACAACAGUUGCAGCAGCAACAGCAGCAACUGCCAACAGUUGCCGCUGUGCAGCAAACAGUUGAUUUAAUGCCCACAACAACAGCAACAACUGUUUCUGUACCCGCUGGCAAUACGGGUCAACUGCAACAAUUGCAGAUACAACAUUUGACUAGCGCUAAUGUGGCGACAACGCAGCAAACAGCAAUACUGCUGCAUCAGCCACAACAGCAACAACAGCUGCGGACACAGACCACAACACAACAGCUUGUUAAGACCAUUGUGGGCACGACAGCAAAUCUGACAGCGGGCCAGCUGCAUCAGCUGGCGCAGCAAAGUUCAGCUAAUGCGGGCGGCACGGUGCAGUUACAGGCAGCACCGCCAGGCAGCCAGUCCAGUGUUAGUGUGGUGCUCACCACGCCGGUCCAAUCACUGCCCAUCGCCACGCACAGCAAUGUGAAUGCCAACUCAACAGCCCAAAUAGUUUCCAUAUCGUCGCAGUCGACGCUGCCAGUGAAUACGCCACCGCAGUUGGGUAGCAUUGUGCAGACCCAAACACUGCCGCAAGUUGUUUCCGUUGGACCGCUGACCACUACGACCAGUGGUGGACAACAACAGCAGCAGCAGCAGACGGCAACGGGCACCGUGACGAUGUUGCGUGGCCAGCGUCUCGUUUCGGCUGCUGCAGCAUCUGCUGCGGGUAAUACGACGCUGCACGAUGUGGUGUUGCAGCAGCGCACCACAGCCAUCGGUCAACCCAUUGUCUCCCUAGGGCAGAGUGUGGCAAAUGCACAUUUUCAAGCACAGUUGCGUCUGUCUGCCGUUUCUGGCUCACCCGCAACACAAACCACCCAAUUGGUCACCACUAAGGGUAUACCUGUCACCGCACUGCAGCAGACCGGCAAAACGGUGCUGCCCGGCACUCAGCAGCAGACGCCGCACAUUCAACUGUAUAGACAGCGCAAUCUGAAAGUGUUGCAGGCACCUCAAGUGGCACAGGGAGGCGUCGUUGGUGGCGGCACGGCUAAUCUGAAUCCGACUGUGGUGCAAACGGCUGGCGGCGCUUUAGCCACCGGCACUAUAAUCCAAGCGAGCAAUCUCAUGCAGACACCCACGCAUGUGACCAGCCAGAAAGUGGCGGUCUCUGGCAUGCCGGGCGCCACCACCGUGCAGGCGGGCAAUGUGGUUAGCUCGGUUCAAAUGCAUGGCCAGGCACGGACGCAGUUCAUCAAGCAAAUGGCAGUCGGAAAGCAGGGAGUGCAGCGCCAGAUGAUCACCACUGAUGGCAGCGGCGGCAGUGGUGCAACUGGUGAUAUGCUGCUGGUCAAGCGACACAACAUACUGGCCGCUCAGAAAGCACAGCAGGCCACUGGGCCGCUGUUUACCACAACCACCAGUAGCAGCAGCGUUGUCGCCCAGCAGCAACAACAACAGCAGCAGCAGCAACAACAACAACAACAGUUGCCUGUUGCUGGUGUUGUGCAACAACAGACGCAACAGGUAACCCAGCAACAGAUUGCCUCGCUCGUUAAGGCGUCCACGGCGGCAGCAGCCAGUGGCAGCAGCGUUAGCGCCGGUGGCGUGACAGUGUCAGCGACGGGUCCGCCCACAGUGCAGGCGGGCAGCGUGAACAUGACACUGCCACAACUCAAGCCGGGCAGUCAGAUUAAGGUGACGAUGCCAAAUCAAAUGCGACACCUGCAAAUGCAACAACAGCUGGGAAUGCCGCGGAAAAUCAGUCGCAUGACUCAGCUGGUGAGUGCGUCUGGGCAGAACACGGCUGCCAAUAUUGUGACCACAACGACAGGACCCGGCCAGCAGCAACAGACGGUGGCAGGCGGUGUUACCCUUUCGGCGGCAGCACAACAACAACAACAGCAGCAGCAGCAACAGAAGACAACAGCUGGUGGUGGCAGUUUGCAGGCACAACUGUUGCAUAUACAAAACACUAAAGCUGUAACAGUGCAACAAUUGCAGCAAGUGGUGCGCAGCGGUCAGCCAGCGGGUCUUGUGCUAGGCAAGACAAGUGUCGGACGUGUCAUACCCGUUUCGGUGGCAUCGCAGGCCACACAGCGUCAGACCAUACAGGUGGUUUCGGCUGCUUCGGCACAGGCCUUGGCUGCUGGCAAUCUACGAACCGGUCAGAACAUAGCCAGCGCCUUGAAGGUGGCCACCUCUGGCGGUGGUCAGACCACGCAGCAGACUUUAAUUGCGGCGCUGCAGCAUACUCAACGGCAAAAUGCCAGCCCCGUGCGACUGCAGACCACAGCCGGUGGCAACUUGUUAGCUGUGGUGCAGCAACAGCAGCAGCAGCAGCAGCAGCAGCAACAGCAACAACAACAGCAACAACAACACACAAACAUUGCUGGACCCACAGCGGGACCGGCUGAAGUAAUGACAAUAACACAGACGACAGCAACGCUGCCGACUGUUGCCAGUCUGCAGCAACAGCAGCAGCAACAACAGCAGCAGCAGGUUGGAGUCGUGCAACAGCAGCAGCAACCAACGACGCAACAGGUACGAACGCUGGUGAAGAAAAAGAUCAUGAUCAGAAGCGAGAAAGAAUAACAUUUAGCGAAUCAUCGCCCCAAAGCCGGCGUACGGCCACGCAAUCGGCGCUGCAUCACAACCAAUACCAAUACCAAUACCAAUACCAACACCAACAUUCACACCAAAACCACCACAACAACAACCACCAAUCCCACAGAAUGCACCGAAUGCGCCGAAUGCACAAUUACAAGCACCUCAACAACCACAACCAAAUGCAUCGUCGCUACAAUUACACCGGCUCAUCUGUUAGAAGCCAGCAAUUUCGAUCCAAAUCUGUGACACAACAAAAUUAUUGAUGCUUCUCAUUUAUCAUUGUUCAAUGUGUCCGCCAAUCAAUCAAUCAAUCAAUCAAUCAAAUCAAUUCAAUCGAUCAACCAAUCAGUCAGUCAGUCAACUAAUCUCAAUCAUUGCAUAAAUUGUACUUAAAAUCCUUUUGUUUCGAUUGGUUUUACAGCCAUGAGCGGCUCCUCUUUCGCCUGCUGCAGCAUCCUGAGCGAGAUUUGAAUGACGAUGUUGUGUGAAGGGCGUGGCACAGAAACACACACACACAGAGCACACACAUAAACAGCUUAAGGCUGUUAUUAGUUGUAAUUAUAUAAACUAGUUCAUAGUUGUAUUCAUUAUUGAUGUAUAUUUAGCCAAACACUUUGAAACACAAAUUUGUAAAUCUAAUUCCUUAAGCUAUCCCCUAGCUUAUAGACAUAGACAUAUACUUCAAAUAUAUAUAUAUAUA